AGGGCCAGAGGUUCCGCCAGCAAACAGUUUCACCAUGCCCAUGUUCCAAGUGGCUCACCCGAGAGCAGGUGAAGUUCGAGAUGGUGUAUAAUUCCCAGGCCACAUGUUAGUUUACAGACCAUGGACUGAGACUGAAUGCUUAGAAGCCUGCAAAGGGUUAGGAUCAGUUGAAGACAAUGCCAUAGCAUGGUGUGAGAACUUCAUGGCCCUCCAAGAAACAUGGCACCUGAAUGGAGCUGAAGUUAACAAAGUCCUACAAAUAAGUCUGGGACCACGCCUAGGCAGAGUGAGAGGUAAUUGGAACCCAAGAGAUGUAGGAGGCCAGCCCUUAGCCCACAAAGAAGAAACAACCCUGACCACAGAGAAAGGUCACACGGCCCACAUAGAGAUUAUUAAGAUGAAUGACGCCAGGGCAAGAUAGGGAAACAUAAAUCCUUUUCAGCAGAUCCCUAAACUGAUUCUGAAACUGAUGAUGAAACCCCUUUUGAAGAAGCUUUACGUAGGUAUAGAGAUGCCACUAGCCCAGUACUCCAUGUGAGUAGUGAAGAAGUUGAACCAGAUGAAACAGAUGAACUGCCCAUAGUAACCAUUAAUUUGAGUGCAUGUGCAGUCAUAACAAACCCAGAAAAACAACACCCCUUGAGAACCCUGUUGGUAGGUCCAAAAAGAAUCCCAAUCCAAUUUUUAUGUGACUCCGGAGCUGACGCAACCGUCAUUUCCGCCAAAAUACCAGGUCUGAUCCCCAGUGCAAAAACACUUUGUAUUGUAGGAGCUAGUGGACUGCCAACAUUAGCUCAGUGGUCAAAAAGAAUUGACUUACAAGAUGAGGAUGGUACAGUAGUUACAGCCUCAGUAAUCUUAAGCCCCGAGUGUCCCAUCAAUCUUUUAGGGAGAGACAUGCUUCUAAAGUUAAGGUUGAGCUUAGUGUCCACCCCUGAAGGAAUGAAAGCCAGAAAACUACCAGAAGAAGAGGUCAGAGGAGCCUGGGUUCAACAGUCCCACAGUGUCCCCAACACGUUUUACUCAUUUGACCCCACUGAAGAGGGACCUGGAUCAAUUACCACCGAACUCAGGAAAAUGGCUGAGCAGCUGCGCACCAAAUCCUCCAGAUCAGAACCUCAAAAGGACUAUCCCCUCCACAUCACUGUCAAUCUCCAACGGGGAAGAGGGCCACCACCCGAGGAUUGGCUGAGAUGGUUCAACAGACAAGGCCCAACCAAACAAGAACUUUGGGAUUGACAGCGACCCUAUUAUCACAGCCACACCUCACCAUCAAACGGUGCAACACAGUCAACCCAGCGACACUUGUCCCCACCGAAGAAGACGGUGACCCACACCACUGCCAAGCCAGAGUGGAUGAAGACUACAAACCGGGUCCUGACCUCCAAGACCAACCUUUAUCCACGGGGACAACAGUAUUCGUGGACGGAUCCUCAUCCCACGGACCGGAUGGAAAAAACUACACUGGUUUUGCAGUUGUAGAUCAAAGUAAAACACUGAAAUCAGGCAAAUUGGCAGGAAACCAAUCAGCCCAAGCAGCAGAAAUCGUGGCCCUCACCGAAGCAUGCAAAUUAUUCAAAGGACAAGAUGUCACGAUCUACACUGACAGCCAAUAUGCCUAUGCAACAACACACACCUUUGCCAAAUUGUGGGCCAGAAGAGGAAUGAAAACAUCAACAGGAAAACCUGUUCAACAUGCUGCACUAUUGACUGAACUGCUAUCUGCAGUCAUGCUGCCCAGAACAUUAGCCAUCUGCAAAUGCAAAGCCCACACCAAUGGACCGGAUCUAAUCUCACAAGGAAAUGCUAAGGCGGAUGCAGCAGCAAAAGCAGCAGCAGGCAACACAGUUUUUCAGACCUAUGUUGCAAAUGAACCCCCAAAAGACAUCAUUUUCCAUGACGUCUUGAAAGACAUGCAAAACAGUUCCCCUCCUUCAGAAACCAGCCGAUGGCUACUAGAAGGUGCACAACCUGAUGACAAUGGACUCUAUAGAGUGGCAGGCCAAUUGUGUCUGCCAAGAGCGUUGUUUCCAGCUGUAGCUAAAUUGAGCCAUGGGCGGAGCCAUAUCUCAAACAGGAGGGGUGGUAUCCAUAGUGGGGGAAACACAUGGUCUAAUUACCUAUUUUAAAACUUUUUGUAGAAGCUGUCUCACAUGUUGCAGACACAACAUACAGGGUAAUGCUAGACCAAAACGAGGAAAGACACCACAAGGCACAUAUCCAUUUGAGAUUGUACACAUGGAUUUCAUUGAGUUACACAGAAGCGGGACAUAUAAAUACUGCUUAGUGUUGAUUGAUUCAUUCUCAAAGUGGGUAGAAGUUGUGCCCUCCAAAACAAAUGACGCACUCACAGUGGCAAAAGCCAUCUGCAAACACAUAGUACCGUCACACGGCAUCCCAAAGAUACUGUGGAGUGACAACGGUAGCCAUUUUACCAAUAGUGUUGUGAAAACCAUGUCAAAGCACCUAGACAUUGACCUUAAGUUCCACUGUGCAUAUCAUCCACAGAGUGCAGGA